UGGCAUUAUGCACCUGUCCAACCUGUUCGGAGCGGACACUUGACUCCUGAGGAAUUUCCCCACAACUCUUGUCUUUUGUUCCGGUGGCUUUCCAGCGGGUGAGAGCCAGAGGGGAGGCCGACAAAACAGAGGAGAGAGAGAGAGAGAGGCGGAAGGAGAGAUGUCGGAUCCGGCCACGAAUCCCGCUGCCACCUCCUUCCCAGCGCCGACCAUUUCGCUGCCAUUGGGACUGGGAGUGUUGAGGACGUACUCUGGAGCUCUUGUCGUCUUUGAAGUAUUAUUUGGUGGUUUAGUAUGGAUCCUGGUGGCUUCCUCCAAUGUACCAGUGCCUUUGCUGCAAGGCUGGGUGAUGUUUGUGUCUGUCACCGCCUUUUUCCUCUCCUCCGCCUACCUCACCCUCCUCAUCACCGGCCUGGCAGACCGCAUCAAUACUGAUUGGAACUUUUUGGAUGUCUUUUACCAUUUCAUAGCUCUGCUUUUCUACUUUGCCGCCUUCGUGCUGGAGGCGGCGGUGACAGCAGCCAACGGGGGAGCCAUCAUCUCACCGCUGCCAAACAGCACCGGAACUGUGAUGUGUAUACUCUACCCUCGGGGAAACGUAUUCACAGUGCUGACUGGCAACCAGUACAAUAUUAAUGUAGCAGCCACGAUAUUUGCGUUUGUGGUGACUCUGUGCUACGGCUGCAGUUUGGUGAUGGGCUUCAAGCGGUGGAGGAUCUAACCUGCAACACAACGACUUAUUAAAAAGACUGUAUUGUAUUGUUACAAGCUCGUAUCAACAAACAGUUGCAUUGUGUGUGUUUUACAUGAUCAAUAUUGAUUUCCACAAGCUAUGGCCAACAGUCAUUUGUUGAAGGACCAAGCUUUUUUAAGGUCAUUAACCUCUGAAAACAGUGAAGUGCCGUAUUGUGGGGCAUGCAACAAAAUAUGCUGUCAUCGAAAGUGUAAUAUGUGGGUAAUGUUAGUGACGCUUAGGAAACUCUUUUUUUAAAAUUCACAUCUACACUGUAGCUUCCUUUUUCUCUAGAAUCACUUCCGCAUUAAAGGGAAUAUUUCCCAUUUCCAAAACAGCAAAAUACCACCUGUUCAUGGUGCUUUUGUUUCAUGCAGAAUGGAUAAUAUGGU